AUGAGUCGUUACGCUUACGCUACGCCAGUUUUGGUAUCAGAGACAGCACGUUCUUGGCGUGUUUUUUUUUCCUUGAUUCAGAGAUGGCUCCUAAGCGCAACACCCAACAUACCAAACGAAGCACCGACCAAUGAGUGGGCAGAGCUUCGUCGUACUCUUAUGGAUAUGCAGGCGAAUAUCCAGGCUACGAUCACUAAUUCCAUCCAAGAGUUGGCUGAAACGAUGUUGCAGAACAAUCAGUCAAGGCAAGGUUUGGAUUCUGAUUCUGAUGAAACACUCGACAACCCUUUUGCAGGAGGCAAGGACCAACGUCGUCAGCUUCAGGAAGAUCUUCGUGAGGAAGAUGGAAACACAGGUGACCGAAACUGGGAAUUAGGGUUCAAAGUGGAGAUUCCCGAGUUUCAUGGAGGUGCUCGCGGAGACGAACUUUUGGAUUGGCUUGUCGCCGUCGACGAGGCCAUGGAAUUCAAACAAGUUCCCGAUCAUCGUAAAGUACCAGUAGUUGCAACCAAAUUCCGCGGACGCGCAGCUUCAUGGUGGUUACAACUAAAGGCUACUCGAGCCCGCACUGGUAAAAGCAAGAUUAAGACAUGGGAGAAACUACAUAAGCAGCUCCGUCUCUCAUUUUUACCGCAGAAUUACGACCGUACGAUGUAUACCAGGUUGCAAAACUUGCGUCAAGGAUCUCGCACAGUAGACGACUACGCUGACGAGUUUUCUCUCUUGAUUACAAGUAACGAGAUCUUCGAUAGCGAAAUUCAGUUGGUGUCACGUUUUAUUGGAGGACUACGACCUCAAAUACAGAAUGCUUUAAUGCAAUUUGAUCCAAUGACGAUCGCAGAAGCUCAAUCGAGGGCUAUCGCGUUUGAGCAGCAAUUCAAGUCUAACUCGUCUUGGAGCUCUACUUCUCGUAAUCGGCCGACUAUUACGGAUGGAGGAGCCACAAUUCCUAACAUGUGUGAGAGUGAAGACACAGGAGGUGGACGAUUAGCCACAACGAAUCCUUCGAGUGACUCUCAGCAGUUACGCAGAUCCACUAAAUCAAACGUUUUACGAUGUUUUUCUUGUGGAGAAGCUGGCCACAUUCAAACCGCUUGUCCCACAAAGACUCGACGCGGUUUGUUUACCGAUGAGGUUAAGUGGGAUGAUGAAGGUGAAGAAGGUGAGACCCCCGAAGACGACGUACUUGCCUUUCCCGAAACUAGAACAAGUGGUGAUCAGGGAACUAUGUUGGUCGCGCGUUCUUGUUUCUCUCCGGUAGCAAGUGAAGACCCCUAUCUCCGCACCAAUAUUUUUCAGUCUACUUGCACAAUAAAGAGCAAAGUUUGUCAAGUAGUGAUUGAUUCAGGGAGUUCUCAAAACGUAGUUUCUGAGGAAGCUUGUCGGAAGUUGGGAUUGCGGCGUGAAAAUCAUCCCCGUUUAUACGUGGUUGAACAAGGCGGUUGA